UUGUCUCGCACAAUGGAGUUUGUUUACAGUGAUUACUGUCCAUAUUGGAUAAAAUGGUACAAGUUGGAUGGCAAAGUUCGGUGGGUGUAUUAUCAGCUCAAGGCAGAAGGUUAUGACAACGUUGCAGCUGAGCUCAAAAGGCAACUAGAAGCGUUUUGGAAUCGUAUAGAAGAAGAAUCCAAUGGUGAAGACUUUCGCAAUGCGCGGAACGCAGCAGCUAAAGUGUUGCGUAAAUGGGAAAACGAGAAUGAUUGUGCAGGC